AUGGGUUUCAACCCAUCUCCUCCUGGAAGGAAAAAAGAAAGCCAAAUAAGAGAUCAAGAGGCCAGCAAGAAUAUAGCAGAUGGUACUCAAAUGACCAUCCGUGAGGUCAUUGAGAAGUGGUGGUCUAUUGAUGUCAAAGGUACUAGUAUGAAUAGAAUUGCUAAAAAAUUAAGAAAUGUGAAGGACACUAUUAAAAAAUGGAAUAAGGAGGUUUUCAAAGAUUUGUUUGCUGCCAAGAUGAAAACCCAGUUGGAACUCAAGGAAAUGCAGGAUAAAAUCCAAAUGAGUGGAUAUAAUGAAGUCUCACUAAGGGAGGAAAAUGAAGUGCUGGUGAAGUACCACAAGAUUAUUAGAAGAGAGGAAGAAUUUUGGAAACAAAGGUCUAGAUCCCUAUGGCUUAAAGCUGGGGAAAGGAAUACUAGAUUCUUCCAUAUGAACACGAUGAAACACAAGGCUUCUAAUAGAAUCUCAAAGUUGAAAAUUGGGGGAACUGAAAUGAGGAAGGAUCAUGAGAUCAGGAAGGAGGCGAGGAACUUCUUUACAUCACUUGUUUUAGCGGACUUUGGUCUGGAUGGUCAUUCUCAGAGUGCAAUCCUUGAGAAUAUCCCUUCUACUAUUAAUGAGGAUCAGAACAAGGCCUUGGUGGCCAUCCCUUCUGAGGAGGAAGUUAAAAAAGUAGUCUUUUCUUUUGAUGGGAACAAAGCCCCAAGUACGGAUGGAUUUCUAUUAUUCUUCUUUCAAACCUUCCGGGACAUCCUCAAACCUAAUGUUGUUAAAGGUGUGCAAGAAUUUUUUGGGGCUAGAAUGAUCUUAAAGGAACUUAAUACAACAUUCUUGGUUUUGAUAUCCAAAUGCCCAGGGGCAGACUCUAUGGAUAAGUUCUGA